AAGGAGGCAUUGAAGAGUCUAGGGAGUGUUUAUCUCCACAACAGAGAUGUUUGUGCUCAGGAAGCGGUGUAUAGGUUGUCAAAUAUGCAUCUGAAGGAGUGUUCUAGGAAAGUUGUAUUUAUACCAACGGGGGACAACGUUGAGGCAAAAGGCAGCAUCAUGUGAUCUUACAACGGAAGACAUGUGGAUGACUAGUUUAGUUGAUCGGUAUAAGAGUAGGCCAGAGGAUGGCACAUUUAAUGACAUGUGUAUUGCAACGUUUGCAUCGGAAUACCGUGUCCUCUCAAAAUCCGAGAACUGCAAGAACGCGAUUCAGUUAGGAAACCAUUGCGGUUCUGUGACAAAACGAACACGAACACAACCUGCAGUUGUUUGUUAUGCUCGUUUUUCGGAGGAUAAAUAUCGGGAAGCCUUUUGCCAGAGUAUUUUGCAGUUGUUUCUUCCUUAUCGUGUGGAUGAGCAGCUUAGACCUCCGAGCUUUGAAAAAUUUCAGCAGUUUUACGAGAACGGUCACGUCAGGCUUAGUGACGGAUCAAUGCAUUCCGUCAAGGAUGUAGUUGAUGUAAAUCGAGGUUCGUUUGAAAUAGAAGCCGAUGAAUUGGAUAAGAUCCAGGACAUUAUUGAUUCAGAGGGCUUAUUUGAAGAUGCCUGGUGUGAGUUGUGCCCAGAGAAAGAGUUGGAGCGUUUAGAGUGCAAGGAGGAAUUGAAAGAUAGGGAACCGUUGGAAGAAUACGAGGUAAACCCUACAGGUGAGGGAAACGUUCCAGAUUUAGCAGCUGUUGGCGAACCGGUUGCACAGGUUGCAAAUUUAGAAAAAAAGAACAACAUGUGUAGAAGUGACGGUUUGGCUUUAAUUAGGUCUUUGAACGAGAUCCAGUUGUCUGUUUUUUAUCAGGUCCGGCAAUGGUGUUUGGAGAAGGUAGCGGGUAAAAAACCUGAUGCGUUGCACGUGUUUCUAACAGGUGGUGCAGGCACAGGAAAGAGCCAUUUAAUUAAGGCUAUUCAGUAUGAAGCCACAAGGUUAUUGUCAACAAUGUGUCGUAAUCCUGACAACAUUUGUGUAGAGUUAACGGCUCCUACGGGGAUUGCUGCAUACAAUUUGCAUGCAGCAACCAUUCACAACACAUUCGGCAUAGGGAUAGAUGUCCGGUUACCGUACACCCCAUUGGGUGAAGAAAGGCUGAGUACUUUGCGUGCGAAAUAUAGUGAUCUGCAGCUUGUGAUAAUUGAUGAAAUAUCCAUGGUUGAUCACAAGCUGUUGGCGUACGUUCACGGUAGACUGAGACAAAUUAAACAGGUUGGUGACUUCUCCCCAUUUGGAAAUGUGAGUGUAAUUGCUGUGGGAGAUUUUUUCCAAUUGCCUCCGGUGAAAGGCAAGGCCCUGUAUGUGGAAGACGAAUGUUGCAAGUCUGUUUAAGGUUGUCGAACUAAAGGAAAUUGUUAGGCAAAAGGAUAGACUGUUUGCAGACCUGUUGAACAGGUUAAGAAGUCGAUCGAAAGGGACCCCAAUGUUAGACAGGGACGUGGAAAUGUUGAAAAG